UUUUUUGUCUCUGCAGCUAUGUCGCCAAAAAAGGUGUUGUACAUUUCACAGGUCACUCUUAUAUCACCUUCACUCUUCGCUCUGCACAAGGAUGGCCGAGGUCUGGAAAAGCAAACUAGUCUAGCAGAAGCUAUAAGUCUCGGAGAGAAAGAUUACUGGGCUUUGCUCAACUUUAUCAUCGAAGCUUCUGGUGUUUCGGAGGCGGUGGAGAGAAUGAAGAAGGAUAGGAGCAAGUACAAUUAUGUUCGAAAGGAUAGUCCUUUUGAUUUAUAUGAAGAGCAACCUCUUUGGUUUACAAAGGAGAACGUGACUGAGAUCUACGGUAAAGAAGAAACGAAAAAAGUGGAAUUAUUUGAGAAACUCCAUAGAACCUACACCGACGAACAGGUACAGGCUUCGACCAGGUCAGAAUGUGCACUAAAUUCGUCAGAUUAUCAAAGACAACAUGGACAUUCGGCUUUUUGUGUCCUCAACCAGAAGCAGCUGAAUCUACUCUACGGUCGCGGGUCACCAUUUCACGACGCCGAAACCCACCAACGUCUUUCAACCAUAUCGAACACGAAUAUUUCUGCACUGCUGGACAGAACUAUUCGUGAAAUUGCUGCUGAGACGAUCAAGUUCGAGAUAUCACGGCGGAAGGACAUUACGCUUUCGCCAAGCGUAUUUGCCCCAGUGGUCCUUAGUCCCAGUGUGUCGGAACCUUUCAUCUUGUCUCCACUGCUGUUUGACCCUGUCAUAUUGUCGCCAACCAUUCUCGGCGGUUUUAUACUUUCGCCAUGGGUUUUCGUCCCGACUAUCCUCUCUCCAAAAGUGCUUUGUCCAACAAUAUUGUCCCCAUAUCUUCUCUCACCGGUCAUUCUCAACCCAAUUGUUCUGGGCCCCACCGUCCUGAGUCCAGGUGUACUUUCUCCCACAAUCCUUUCUCCUUUAGUGUUGUCGCCAGCUGUGCUUUCGCCUGCGGUUUUGAAUCCUAUGAUUUUAUCUCCAUACGUACUCAAUCCAUUUAUUCUCAAUCCCAGUGCUUUAUCACCUGUAAUUCUUUCACCGUUUAUUCUCUCGCCGGCUAUCUGCUCACCGCCAUUCUUUUCCGCUACUGUUCUGUCACCACAUGCCCUUUCACCUUCGGUACAGUCACAGGGCUAUGAUUCCGUUUCAAUCCUUUCUCCCAGUUGGCUCAGCUAG